GCAGGCGCAGUAGAGCUCAUCGGAUCGGCGUAGGGUCCGUCGGGAGGGUGGCGGCGGGAUGGAGGCGCUGUGGGCUCUGCUGGACGAGGUGGCCCUGGAGGGUCUGGAUGGGAUCACGCUGGACACUUUAUGGCACCGGCUGAGCAGCCGCGUCCCGCCCUUCCCGCUGCCCCUGGAGCCCGCCACGCAGCAGCUCCUGUGGGGUGCACUGAGCGCCCAGCCCGGCCUCAGCUUCUACCUGUUACCGCGGGAGCGGCCCCCCCUCCGCCUGCACGAUCGGUAUGAAGAAAUAGAUCUUGAAACAGGAAUACUGGAAACAAAAAGAGAUCCUGUCCCUCUAGAUGAUAUUUAUCCUGUCCAUAUGAUUUUGGAUAAUAAGGAUGGCAUUCAGGGUUCAUGCCAAUAUUUUAAGGAGAGAUUAAAUUAUACUGAUCAAAUUAGGACAGAGGAUUUGCAGCCUUGUUAUGCCUACACAGAAGCCUAUGAAAAGUGGGGGGAGAAACUCGUUAUCGUUGCUUCACAGAUUCUGCGCUACAGGGCUUUAAUUGGCUGGGAGGGGGAUCCAGACUUAAAACUCCCAGACUUCUCCUACUGCAUUUUGGAGCGAUUAGGUCGUGCUAGAUGGCAAGGGGAACUUCAGAGAGACCUUCACAGUGGGGCUUUCAAGGUGGAUGCUGGUAAAAUGCAUUAUCACAGAAGAGUAUUAGACAGAAAUGGUCUCAUUUCAAUGCAGUCCCAUGUCAUAAGACUACCAAGUGGAGCCCAGCAGCACUCCAUUCUUCUGCUUUUGAACCGCUUUCAUGUUGACAGGAGGAGUAAAUAUGAUAUCCUUAUGGAGAAGCUCUCAGGUAUGCUGAGCACUCGACCAAACAAAAUGGAAACAUUGGGGAAUCUGAGGGAAGAACUGGGUCUCUGUGAAAGAACAUUCAAACGUCUGUAUCAAUAUAUGAUGAAUGCUGGCCUGGCCAAAGUAUUAUCUACCCCGUUACAGGACUUGCACCCUGAUGGUGGACCCUAUAAAACAAAGAAAGGGACUGAUGUCAUGGUCCGAUGCCUCAAACUAGUGAAGGAAUUUCGAAAGAAAGUGGAUGAUUACCAUGAUGAUGAGGAGGAAGAGAUGAUCACAAAAACUGUCCAGCCUGUAGAUAUUGUUUAUGAGCGGGAUAUGCUUACGCAGGCUUAUGAGCUAAUUGAAAGUAGGGGAACCAAAGGAAUUUCUCAGGCGGAAAUUCGAUCGGCUAUGAAUGUGGGGAAGCUAGAAGCACGGAUGCUUUGUCGUCUUCUAGAGAGAUACAAAGUUGUCAAGGGAUUUAUGGAAGAUGAAGGUCGGCAACGAACAACAAAGUAUAUUUCACACGUUUUUGCAGAAGAAAGUGAUUUAAGCCGUCAGUUUGAGAGGGAGAAGGCCCGGAGUGAACAGUUAGCAACAGUUAGCUUGGCUCUAGUGCACGAAGACUCCCUGCCUGAGGAAGAUCUGUCUCCUGUAGAAGAAGACACUUUCCUCUCAGAAUCAGAUAAUGAGGAAGAGAUGAAAUACAACAAGAAAACACGAGAAAAAGGAGUGAAGGCCAACUCAGAUUCACUGCUGAAAUUCAGUUUCCGAGAUGGUCCACAUCAGUCAACGCCAGCUAAAGGCUGCAAGUUCCAAGCCACGAAGACCCCAGUGCAGAAGCUGCCUUCCCCCCACCUUCUUGAAGAUCCCGAUGAGCUCCCUGAUGGAUUUGCAGAGGAGGAUUCUAGUUUGGACACUAUAAAGCAGGACUCUAAUCUCUCUCUAGGCACUCAUUCCAUAGAUGAAGAUGGGGAUAUGGCUGUGAUUGAGGAGGUCAGGCUUGAGGACCCCAAGAAGAAUGCUGAGCAAAAGAAGGAAAAGCGCUCCAGAACCACUGCAGUGGAGAGAUCUCAUGAAACAUACCGGCUACUGAAGCGCCGAAAUCUCAUUGUAGAAGCUGUCCGAAACCUCCGCUUAAUUGAAAGCUUGUUCACGCUUCAGAAAAUGAUCAUGGAUCAGGAAAAGCAAGAAGGUGUUUCCACGAAAUGCUGUAAGAAAUCCAUUGUUCGACUGGUACACAAGCUUUCCCAAGAAGGGCUCGUCAGACUCUACCGCACAACAGUCAUUCAAGAUGGCAUUAGCAAAAAGGUAGAGUUUGUAGUUCACCCUUCGGUGAAUCCUAAUGACCCCCUGGUAAAAAGUGCCAUUGAGCAAGUGCGCUUCCGGAUCUCCAACUCAAGCACAGCAAACAGGAUUAAAGUUCCCCAGACACCAACACCCCAAGAGCAUUUAGAGGAAGAUAGUCUGGGGCAAGAGACUGCUGCUGUAUCAGGGGAAAUGCAAGGAACCUUUCCCUCUAACGCUGAAAAUAAUGGCCGGGCAAGGAAAACUGAUGAGAAAAUGGGCAUAAUGCAGCUAAAAAAUUAUCACCCUGUUACAGUUCCAGGACUUGGGCGUUCUCUUGGCUUUCUUCCCAAAAUGCCUCGGUUAAGAAUGGUCCACAUUUUCCUCUGGUACCUAGUUUACGGACAUCCUUUAAAUGGGCAGCAACAGAAAGCAUGCUAUGAUGGUGAGAAAAGAGACAGCCCACAGAUACUGGACGCACACACUGCUGUACCUGAAACCCAUCCAGGUGCAUCAGGAGAUGAGGAGGAGGCUGCACCAGAAACUACGUGCAUGGGGAAUCAUGAAGUCCCUGCACGGGAGUCUGAGGUAGAUCUGUGUAACGAGACAGUGUAUGUGGAUGAUAUUUCGUGGAUGCGCUACGUCCCUCCUCUCCCAGUACACAGGGAAUUUGGGUAUGGCUGGGCUCUUGUUAGUGACAUUCUUCUUUGCCUACCUCUCUCCAUCUUUAUCCAGAUAGUGCAAGUCAGCCACAAGGUGGAUGGUCUUGAGGAUUUUUUAAACAAUCCUCUAAAAAAACACACACUGAUCAGAUGUCUUCCGAGGUCAGUCCGACAGCAGCUUCUUUAUAAGAGGAGAUACAUCUUUUCAGUGGUGGAAAACCUGCAGAGGUUAUGUUACAUGGGGCUACUACAGUUUGGCCCAACUGAGAAAUUCCAAGAUAAAGAUCAGGUAUUCAUCUAUACGAAGAGAAAUGCAGUGAUUGUUGAUACUACUAUCUGUGAUCCUCACUAUAACCUGGCUCAAAGCAGUCGCCCAUUUGAGAGACGUUUGUAUGUUUUGAACACUAUGCAGGACGUAGAAAACUUUUGGUUUGAUUUGCAGUGUGUCUGCCUUAAUACUCCAUUAGGAGUUGUCCGCCAUCCUCGUGCAAAAAGAAGUAAUCUUCAGGGUGAGGAGACCAGCAACACAUUGGAUGUGCAGAUGGAACAGGAGUCAGCAGUGGAUAAACACAAUCUUGAACGAAAGUGUGCAAUGGAGAAAUACACCUCAGGAAGUCGAGAGGUGGUGGAUGAUGGAUGUAUUCCUGGGGAUGGGAUGGGAGCUGGGGGUCUGGAUUCCAGCUUUUAUGGACAUUUAAAACGCAAUUGGAUCUGGACAAGCUAUAUCAUUAAUAAAACUAGGAAGCUUUGUAUUUUGACUUUUGAUUGCUUAACAUUGCAUUGUAUAUUUUGCUAUAAAAUUCCAUUGGUGUAAAUGUACUUCUACGUAGGUAAUAAAAUAAACAUUUUGGGAGAUGCAAGGGAAGGCGCAAAGUCCCCUGUGCAGAAGGAAGAAUGUAUUGAGAUUGAUAAAGAAGCAACGCAGAAUAGAACCAAGAGAGUGAGGGGUGGAAAAAGCCAGAAACGUAAGAGGCUUAAGAAAGACACUGGGAAGAAGACAAAGAAGAAAAAGAGAGAGGAGUCUGUAGAAAAAAAUAAAAAGCUGCGCUACCAUGAUGAGGCUGACCAGAGCGCCCUGCUGAGAAUGACGCGCCUACGUGUCACCUGGACUGUGCAAGAAGACAGCCUACUCAUGCUAUGUCGAAUUGCCAGUAAUGUGCUAAACACAAAGGUGAAAGGACCGUUUGUUCCAUGGCAGGUUGUCCGAGAUAUCAUGCAUGCCAGCUUUGAAGAAUCUUUAGAUAAAACUUCUCAUUCUGUUGGACGAAGAGCUCGCUACAUUGUCAAAAAUCCACAAACCUAUCUUAAUUAUAAAGUUUGCCUUGCUGAAGUUUACCAAGAUAAAGCUCUUAUUGAGGAUUUCAUGAAGAGGGAAGAUAACUACCAAGACCCACAGGUGUGUGCAAAAGAGUUUAAAGACUUUGUGGAGAGACUUAAAGAGAAAUUCAGUUCAACCCUAGGGAAUCCCAAACUCGAAAUUCCAGAUACAUUGCAGGAGCUGUAUUGCAGGUUCAGAGUUUUGGCCAUUGGAGAUGAAGCAAAUCAAAGCAUCAAACAGGAUGUUCUCAACAGUAUCUAUGAUAUACACUUCCUAGUGCUCCAGAACCUGAUUCAGAGUACUUUGGCACUCUCAGAUAAUCAAAUGAAGUCCUGCCAGUCAUUUCAGACCUUUCGGCUGUACCGUGAGUACAAGGAUGACAUUCUUGUGAAAGCUUUCUUAGAAUGUCAGAAGAGAAGUUUGGUCAAUCGCCGUCGGGUUAACCAUACCCUGGGUCCAAAGAAAAGCCGGGCUUUGCCCUUUGUGCCUAUGUCAUAUCAACUAUCUCAAAGCUACUACAGAGUCUUCACAUGGCGGUUUCCCAGUACAAUUUGUACAGAAUCCUUCCAGUUCCUAGAGAAGCUCAAGGAAGCUGGAAAAUCAGACGAACCCGAUAGCUUUUCAUUCAAGGAUCAAGAAGCCAAAGAUUCAGCAGGCAUGCUAGCUUUUCCUAUGGAUGGCCCCGGAGGUCAUUGUGUAGCAAUUCUUUCCCUGUUCUCCCUGGGUCUUAUUUCUGUGGAUGUGAGGAUCCCAGACCAAAUAAUCGUGGUGGACAGCACUAUGGUGGAGAAUGAAGUCAUCAAAAGUUUGGGAAAAGAUGGUCUUGAUGAUGACUAUGAUGAAGAUGAUGACUUGGAUGAGAGCUCUGGAAACAAACGGAGAAUAGAAGUAAAAGCUCGUCAAGCAUCUCAUACCAAUUACUUACUCAUGAGAGGGUACUAUGCACCAGGAAUCGUCAGCACACGCAAUCUGAACCCCAACGACAAUAUCGUGGUCAAUUCUUGCCAAAUGAAGAUCAAGCUGAGAUGUGUCCCAAUGCCAGGGAGGCUCAGUACCUCAGUUCCUUCUGUGGUUGAUAACAUGGCUGUAGGAAUCUCCUGCCUCCCUGAUACUUUUACCAGGCUGCUAAAAGUCCAGGAAGCGACUUAUGACGUAGAUCAGUUUGUCCUCCAGUGUACAGAGUGUUAUGGGUAUAGCUCCAAAGAUGUAUCUGCUGUCCUGGAGAUCCGUAAUGCUAUUGAGGCAUCCUCUUCCUUCGGGAUUGACAAGGCAGAACUGGGCAAACAGUUCCACUGCUAUGAAGAAGCAGACACUGAACGCACCAGGAGUUUACAGCAAUAUAUUCAGGACCUCCUUAAGAUGGAACAGGUGUUAGAAGUGGGAGGGAGCACUGUACGAUUGGUUGCAAUGACAUUUGCCAAACCCUGGCUGUUGUAUUCAGUGUGUCUGAAGAAUAAAGUUGGUGGUGCUGGUCUGCAGGGCAAAGACUCCGUCACUCACUUGGAUUUGCAACAGAACUCUCAGCAGCCAGAGCCAAAGAAAGGGGUGGCAACUUCAAGGGAAGAGGGACAGCCUGGCAAAGUCUUAAGACCUGUUAUCAGUGAUGAAGGACCCUCAAGGAAAAGAGUCAAGACUCAACAUGGUGGGCUUCAAGAUGGCACUGAAGUCCAUCAGGACAUAAAGAGCUGUUCAGAAGGAGCAACUGAAGCAGCCCCUGAUGCAAGUUUAACUGAGCCCACGCAGGUGAAAGGGGUGUUAGUUGCACAUGAAGGAAUGGGUCCUUUCAGAGGGCAGACAGGACACUGUGUGCAACAUCCUGUGCGCGGACCAGAAUCUGUCACUGGUAAAGAUAAAGAGCAAGAUAAAGCCAAUUCUGAAGAACAAGAGACUGCAGUAGAUGAUAGUGUUGCAGCUAAUGAGGAGGAAAGGCAGAUGCCUAGCUUUGAACAUACAGCCAGAGAUACAGCAUUGAACAUGUCGCUCGAUGAUGCAUGUCACCCACAGGAAAGUUCUGAAGUCUCUAAAGAAGAUUCUUUGACAAAUCUACCCCAGGCAGUACGGGAAAGGGCCUGUGAGAAUGUCUGUUUCAUUGGGAGGCCGUGGCGAAUCGUGGACGGGAAUCUGAAUAAACCAGUGUGUAAGGGAAUGAUGGAAGCUGUGCUCUAUCACAUCAUGACAAAGCCCGGCAUAACGGAAAACACCUUGCUGCAACAUUAUGUGGGGGUUCUUCAGCCUGUUUCUGUCUUGGAGAUACUACAGGGCCUGGAAGCCCUUGGCUGCAUCAGAAGAUUCUGCAUGAAAAAGCCCCCGGCAAUAUCUCUCUUCUCUCGGCCUGUUCCUGAAGAAGAGCUAACCGACUCCAAACUGAGUGAGACUCCAACAAUAUUUUAUGAGCCUACCAUAGACUGUACUCUGAGAAUGGGCAGAGUGUUCCCAUACGAAGGCAACUGGAAUAAAUGGGUGCAGAUGAUCCAUGUAUGAGAGAUGGCAUGGUGCGUCAUGCUUGUCCAGCCUGCGUUGGUGAAUGCUAAUGGAGGUGAAACUUCUGGUGUGUCCCGUAACUUGUGCUCUGCUUGUCAUUUUGUCAUGUUUUGUUAAAUAAAUUUUGUUUCUUAUUGGGAAUUA